CCAAAUUUGUGUACCCAUCACGAUUAAAAAAUUACUCAUCCACUCUCUUCAUCUUCCUCCUUCCCAGGGAAAGCUCUCUUUAACUGCCUUCCCGACGAGGCUUCAACCAUACUCCACCAAUAAUUCACUCUCCUCUCUCACAUUCUCUCAUCCAUCAAUUUAUUAGCUUCAUUCAUCACUCCUCUGGUUUCCAAAACAAGAAAGAGACAAUUCACAUCUCUCUCUCUCUCUCCCCGAUCCCAGAUCUGCCCAUCCAUGGCGUUCCCUUCCUCUCUCCUCCUCCUCCUCCUCCUCCUCAUCGCCCUCUCCCUCACAUUCUCUCUCUCCUUGGCCGAGAUCCGUUUCUCCGACAUCCGCUCCGACGACCGCCCCAUCAUCCCCUUGGACGAGUUCGGUUUCACCCACCGCGGCCGCCUCGAACUCAACGUCACCAAAAUCUCCCUCUCCAACCCCAACGCCAACCUCGACCUCUCCGGGCUCGGCUUCUUCCUCUGCACCCGCGACUCCUGGCUCCACGUCCUCCAACAAAUCGAGGACGGCGAGAUCACCUGCGCCCUCCGAUCCAACCUCGUCAAGCCCGUCUACACCUUCGACUCCCUCCGAAACGACGCCCGCAGCUUCAACUCCCUCUACCUCCACGACGACGCCGACCAGUACUCCCUCGUCUUCGCCAACUGCCUCCCCCACCUCAAGAUCUCCAUGGCCGUCCGAUCCGCCAUGUACAACCUCGACGGCAAAUCCGACGUCCGCGAUUAUCUCUCCGCCGGUAGGACCAUUCUGCCCAGGGUUUACUUCCUCUUCUCGCUCACCUAUUUCUGUUUGGCCGGUGCUUGGAUAUAUGUUUUGUAUAAGAAGCGGUUGACUGUGUACGGUAUCCAUUUCUUUAUGCUGGCUGUUGUGGUGCUAAAAGCGUUGAAUCUUCUGUGUGAGGCUGAGGAUAAGUCGUAUAUUAAGCGAACAGGUAGUGCGCACGGUUGGGAUGUCUUGUUUUAUAUAUUCAGUUUUCUGAAAGGGAUUACUUUGUUUACGUUGAUUGUGUUGAUUGGGACCGGGUGGUCGUUCUUGAAGCCGUAUUUACAGGACAAGGAAAAGAAGGUUUUGAUGAUUGUGAUACCGCUUCAGGUUGUUGCUAACAUAGCUCAGGUUGCGAUUGACGAGUCGGGGCCGUACGGGCAGGAUUGGGUGACUUGGAAGCAGGUGUUUUUGUUGGUUGAUGUUCUUUGCUGCUGCGCAGUUUUGUUCCCUAUCGUGUGGUCGAUUAAGAACUUGCGGGAGGCUGCGCGGACAGAUGGGAAGGCGGCUGUGAACUUGAUGAAGCUGACUCUGUUCCGACAGUACUAUGUUUUCGUUAUUUGCUAUAUUUAUUUCACGCGCGUCGUGGUGUAUGCGUUGGAGACGAUUACGUCGUAUAGGUAUCUUUGGACCACUGUGGUGGCCGGGGAAUUGGCAACGCUGGCUUUCUAUGUGUAUACGGGUUAUAAGUUCAAGCCUGAGGCUCAUAACCCGUAUUUUGUCGUUGACGAUGAAGAGGAGGAAGCUGCGGCUGAAGCGUUGAAACUCGAAGAUGAGUUUGAAUUGUGAUUUACUGCACGGAGGUCUCAAGUUUGUGGUCAAAUUCGGGGUUGAGGUAGAAGCCAAACCUUUAGUGUAGGCCAUCAAAGCUUGCCUUUUUGAAUGUUAACAUUAUCUUGGUAGAUGGUUGAUUUCCUGUGCAUGUUGUACUUGAGCCUGCAGUAUACUUCCAUAGCCUUUUCAUAUGCUUAUGUGAAUCAAGUAGCUUGUUUACGUGCCAA